AUGGGAGAAUCGCCAGAAAACACCUGCAGAUUAGCCAAGGCUUACACCAGCCUACGCGAUGCAGUUCGUCAGACCAAGCGUCCUCGAAGCCUCGCCCUCUCGACCUAUCCGACGUUACCAGAGACAAGCCUCGAACGACGGGAACAGUCGUUACCCGCAGCUGCUGAAUCCAAGACCCAGACCUUCCUCUACCUUGCAUAUGGAUCCAACUUGUGCAACGAGACGUUCCGGGGUAAGCGUGGAAUCAAGCCUCUGUCACAGAUCAAUGUACAAGUACCAGAACUACGUUUGACUUUCGACCUUCCUGGCAUAGCCUACUCGGAACCAUGCUUUGCAAAUACAGCCCGUCGCGAUCCUGAGAACGAUGUACCAUCUUCGACGGAAAAGGAGGGAACACCCGCAUCCAACGACUACCACAAAGACAGGUGGCACAAAGGCUUGAUCGGCGUAGUCUACGAGGUCACAGCCACAGACUAUGCCCAUAUCAUUGCUACCGAAGGCGGCGGCGCCUCGUAUCAGGACAUUCUUGUCGACUGUCAUCCCUUCGAGAUCUCAGACCCAACCCGUUCUGUUCCAGUACACCCCGCUACCAAGCCAUUCAAGGCCCAUACUCUUUUCGCUCCUGCUGUACCCCCUGGCUCUCAACCCCCGAAAGAGGGAGGAAGAAUCCAACGUCCCGAUACCUCUUACGCACAAGCCUCGGCUCGUUACUUGAAACUUAUUACCGAUGGAGCUGCUGAGUGCAGACUGCCAUACGAGUAUCAAGACUAUUUGAACAAUCUCAGACCGUAUACAAUCACUUCCAACAAGCAACAGAUGGGCCAGUUCAUCUUCCUCACCUUGUGGCUGCCUUUUAUCGUGCUCGUCUUCAGCCUCGGCGCACAGUUUGCCGAUGAGCAUGGUCGCACCCCACCUUGGCUACGCAUCCUUUCAGAGUCCAUCUUCAGAGCUUGCUGGAGGACCUACGAUGGUUUUUUCAAGCCUACCUUUGGCGAUGGCGAGCGGACAGUGCCUGCAGAGGAUGAAGAUGGCCAACAUCAGCAACCACCCACCCAAGACAACCUGCCUCGAUACCUUGAAAGCGGCGCAUCAACGAACGAGAAGAUGAAUCCUUCGGCCGUAUGA